AAUUCAAAACAACAACAACACGAAACGCUCCGAUUUCUUGAAUUCCUUCCAAAUAACCCAAACGAAGCCAACCUCCGGUCCUUAAAUAGUGCAUCGAGGAAAACAUGUGAACCUGGGUGUUAAUUCAAGUGCAAUAUUAAGAGAAAGGCACUUAAAAUUGGACUGACAAGGAAGUGAAUGAAUGAGUGUUCCGCAAGUGUAUGUGUGAUGUGUGGAUUGUUUGUUUCCAGUAGGUAGACAACACUGGGUCAGGAGGAGGCAGUGAAUGAGUGUGUUACAAGUGUGUAAUGUAUGGGUGUGUUGUGUUGUUGUAGGAGUGUGCGUGCCUCCUGUUGCUCAUAGUCAUGGCAGCCACGCAGACUGAAAAAAAUGGUACCUAUCAGAUACGGCCAGACCUUAAAGACAAGUUCCGGCCAAGUCAGGUGAAGGAAGUGAUUGACAGCAUACUGGAGGAAAAGUUGACCAGUUUUGUGUAUGAGAAGGAGGCUGUAGAUGAGAUGGCCAUGGUGAUUUCAAACGCCCUGAGGAAUCGGAUCAUUGAGAUGAACUUCCCACGGUACAAGUACGUGGUGAAUGUCGUCAUUGGGGAGCUGCGUGGUGCGGGGGUCAAGGUCGCUGCUCGGUGCCUCUGGGAUGCUGACACUGACAACUAUUCCUCCUCAAUGUUUGUGGGGGAGACCUUCUUCUGCACCGCCACAGUCUUUGCUGCCUACUACUACUGAGGUGCUGACCACAGACUAGUGUUUUUUUUUUUUUUUUUUUUUUUUUUUUUAAGAGGAAAGGAACAUGUUUAUUCAGUAGUCUGUUCUGAUCAUGUGCCUUAUGGUCCCUUGACUACCUGUUUUGUUGCUUUCCCUUGUUUGACAUGUGUUCCUGUGCUCUUCCAUUGUGCUGAUUGUUUGCCAUACUGUACACAUCCUCUAGUGUGUACUAGCCUUCAUGUUCUAAUUUCUCAUUUUGUUCUUUAUCACUAAGAUUUCCAUACUUUAUUGUUAUUUUCUUGUUAUGAUUUGUGACCAGUGUACAAAAGUUCUUAUACAAAUAAGUUAAUUCCCUUA